AUGCCUGGCAUUCCUCCGCACGCCCUCGAUAACUUCAAGGCCAAGCUCAAGGCCGCCUUCGGCAAGAAGAAGACUCCUGCUGGUGCCAAGAAGACCGACACCGCGGCCACCCCCGCGGCCACCCCCGCGGCCACUGCCAGCACUCCUGCUCCUGCGACGACCCCUGCGCCCGCCGCUGCUGAGGCCACUCCCGCUGCUGGUGCCACAGCUGCUGGUGCCGCCACGGCUGCCGCUGCCACUACUGCUGGUGAUACCGCAGCUGCCAAGACCGAGACUCCUGCUGCCCCCGCCGAGACCACCCCGGCUGCUCCUCCGGCAGCCCCUGCUGAAACCACGGCCGAUCCCUCGGACACACCCGCGGCUGCGCCGGCUGCUGGCGAGGCUCCUCCUGCGGAGGCUGCUACGCCCUUCGAGACCCCGCUGGAGGCUCCUGCUGCUGCCACCGAGACUCCGGCCGCUGCCCCAGCUGCCCCUGCCCCUGCCGAGGCCAAGCCCGCUGCCACCACUGCCUAG